GUUCUUUUUGAUAGUGAUUUUCUUUAUUGUUUGUGCCAAACAUCGGGUUUGAUAUUCCCUAUAAGAUAGCCGAUAAAAAUUCAUGACCUUAGUGGAUCUGUAUCAUCAUGGCGAGGCGAUACAACCCGUCCCGUUUUGGUAUAAGUAGGGGAGACGGAUUGCCACCAGAGCCUUAUUUCAGAAACGUCCCAUCAGCAACAAAAAUUCCAGAUGAAGAGUAUAACCGUAUGCUGAUGCAAACUUACAACAAAACGGAGGAAGCUACGAAAGAUUUUCACAGACAUUUGGUGAACAAAUUAGAUUAUCUGAACUCUGUAAGAACUCUCAAGCACAAGAAAAACCUGUGGUACAAUCGGAGAUAUGCUGGGGGAUUUACACUGUUUGCUUUUGGAAUUUAUCUUUACACAAUGCAUGCGAUGAAACAGGAGGAAUUCUUGGAGAAAUUAGAUGUAAAUGUGACAAAAACAGACAUUAACAUAGCUAAAGGACAGCCAAUAGCAUAGUUCAUGUGGAGGAAUGGCAUAGUUCAUGUGGAGGAAUGGCAUAGUUCAUGUGGAGGAAUGGCAUAGUGUGUUUGGAUGAAGUAUAUAAACGGUGUGCGGAAAACUAUAUAGACAGACAUGAAGUUACACAAAAAAGAGACUCUGUUUUACAUUAUGAUAGUCUAAUGGAAUAGAUGAAAUAAAUAACAUUGAAAAUGCAA